AUGCAGUUGACUUGUGAAAUGGAAGACGAUGCAGCCAAACAGAAAACCGAGGCUAUCUCCUUGUUCAAUUUAGCGGCACACUGGAUGCCUCUUCAAGACUGGCCCUGUUGGUUUUGCUUGUCCAGUACUUCUCUUCGAAGACGCUCCCUCUCAGCAUCUCUAUACACUCCCUGUCGCAUCCUGCGAAGCUCUCGUUUCUGA